AUGUCCUUCAUGAGCAUCCCCUCGCGGAGUAGCCUCCAGGGCAAGACUGCCCUGAUAACCGGAGCAUCAUCUGGCAUUGGUGCCUCAACCGCUGUCCUCUUCGCCAGUUGCGGAGUGAAUACUGUUCUGACCGCGCGACGAGCUGAUAAGCUGGCUGAGGUAAAGGAGAGGUGCCUUGCAGCGUACAACGACUCCGGAGCCACUUGUGAUGAGAAUACUGUUGUUGUUAUCGAGGCCGAUAUGUCGAGCAAGGUGGAUCUUGAACGGGUAGCGGCAAGACUCGAGGGAAGAAGACUUGACAUAUUGGUCAACAACGCUGGAAUGGUGCGAGGAAGGGAGCAUGCUGGUGAUAUUGCGGACGAUGAUAUUGAUGCAAUGGUACAAACGAAUGUCGUCGGCCUCAUUCGGUUAACCCAGGCCGUCGUACGCCACAUGAAAAAGCAAGGCUCUGGUGUACGUGAACCAUUCCCCAGCCAACAUUGUACCAUGGAUGAACUUUUCUAA